UCACUAGUAUACUGCGGACCGACAACACGCGCUCUCCUUAGUUGACUGGAGUACGACACCGGGUUAUUGAGUUCGUUUUACGCUGGUGUUGUUUUAUAACAUUAUUUUAUUUUAUUUGCUUAUAUCUAAUUGUGUUUUUGUGUUAAUACUGUCGAUGAGUAAUAAUCGUUUACAGUAAUAUCGUAUUAGUUCGUUUUCCUUUGAUUUAUCCGUUCAUAUUAAAUUAUACUUAUGACUUAAAAUUAUAAUUCACAGCAUCUAAUCAUUUUUUAACGGUUUAUUAUACCACGAAUAUAUUUUAUGAUUUCUUCUAGUAGAAACUUUAAAAUAUCUGUUCAUCUGCAAAUAUGUUAGGAGUUUUUAAAAAGCGAUGGAAGCCUAAAAACAGGGUUUCCAAAAACGGUGAACUCAGUGAUGAUCUAAUGUUGAGAUGCAACAAUGAAUACUCAGAACCAAUUAAUGCAUAUGUCUUACCAGACUCCCACAUUGAAAAAUUAUGUUCUGUCAGAAAAAUGUAUCCAGCACAUGAUGAACACUCUCAGUACCAUAUGACUUACGAGACACUUAAGCCAAUGCUGAUGUCAGAUUCUAAAGUUUUAAGUUACAAUAAAAAAUCUGAAACUGUGUCGCCACCUAUUGGUGAUGAAAUUAAUUUAGGAAACAACAACAAAACUGCCACCCUCAACAGUAGUACGACCCCUAACAUUUGUAUUGAAAGUGGUCGAAUUGAAUUCGUCAAGCCACCGUUAGAUUGCAGAGAAGAAAAACAAGAUUAUUUAAAGGAGUACUUGGAAGCAAAGGUAGUAAAACUUGAGUCGGAAUUGAUCGCUGAAAAAAGAAAUGUUCAGCGAGAAAAAACGUUAAAUUCAAAACUUCAAAAGCAACUAGCUCGGCGAGACUGGUUGCAGAGGGAUGUGGAUAGAGAGAGACGACUGCGAUUGGAUACUGAGGCUAGACUCAAGGGUUCAAGUUCCGAAGCUGACAGAUGUCGAACCAAAUUGUCAGCUCUUCAACGAGACUUUUCCAAAAUGGAAGAAACUGUGCGAACUUUGUUACAAUAUAAAUCCAAAUUUGAACAACUGAAACAGGACCGACACUCAGCAGCAAAUUCCUAUGAAAACCAAAUAUUGCAAUUGCAAAACACUAUCACUAAACUAAAAAUAGAAAACGAAACUUUGAAAAAACAAAUUAACACUCUCGAAGCAACGGGUAUUAGUCAAGUACAAAAAGCUCUGGUUGAACGACUACGAAUAUUAGAACACGAAAAGAGUCGCAUAGAAAGGGAAGGUGAACAACAACGUAAACAAUAUGAAAAGUGUUUAGACGACGUAGCCAAACAAGUUGUCAAAGCAGUCUUGUCUCAAAAAGGUCUAAGAGAAGAAAUCUCGACAUUGCAACAUCGAGUCAAAGAAUUAGAGACUGGUAACUGUGCUCUUUCAACUUUAAUAGUACAGCGUUUAGGACAAAAAAUCAAUUAUAAUUCACCAAUAAUGCCUGUAGCUGAAACUCGAUCUGUGGUUUUUGAUAUUCACCGAUCGCCAACUACUAAAAUGACUAUUGAAAGACCAUUAAGCUGUGAUCUUACCAAAGGGUUGAGGAGACUCGCUAAUAGUGAUGUUAGCAAAUCAACAUUUUACUAUAAAAGACCACAGUCACUAAAUUUAGAAAUAUGUUGUCCUCAUAAAGUCGAUGGAUCUUUAAAAUUUGAUCAUGUACUUGGAGAUGAGACACCUGAGAGUGGUAAUCGUGAUGAAGGGUAUUCAACUAUGUCUAGUGACGUACAAGGUAAUACUGAAGCACCCAUAAAAGAUUUGGAGGAUGUAAAAGAAACGAACGAAAAUGAAUCAAAUGUUUUAGCUGAGUCAUCGCCUUGUUCUAGGAUGUUGAAUAGCGAAGAUACUGAUGUGAUAUUUUUACCUCUUAGUUUAUCAUUUAAUUUCAUUAAUCCAAGACACAGUUACCCUCCAUUUCGACAUAUGCCUUCAGUACCUGUAAAACAUAUAAUGCGAAGCUAUUCUGAUUCACAUUUAAUUUUAAAAUUAUCUGCUAGUGCCCAAACAGGGACAGCUAUCACUAUAGCUGAGGAUGAUGACCGUACAUCUUGGUAUAGUGGAGGUGAGCUUUGGGAUAUGGAUUAUGUACAACAUUGGCUCCGACUCGAUGAGACCCGUACAGCCAUUCAGCAGCGAAUGGAAUAUGAUGCAUCUGAACUAGAAGAUUGGAGCAUGGAAGAUGCAGCGGCUAUGACUUCAGGGGAAGGUAGUCUAAAUAAUGUAAAUAUUAUUAAUAGCUCUUGGCGAAAGACGAUUAAUGAUAUAAAACCACUCUCUUUGCCCUGCAUUGAAGAAAAUGAUACCUCAGAUAUCACUUGUCAUUUGGAUCAGUGGGUAGAUACAAACAAAUGUUCAUCAGCUAAAGACGCCACAUCAUGGAAUCACUACAACCGUAAUACUGGUUCACCAGGGGAUUCUUGGUCAAGUGCCGAUGAAUAUGUAACUCCAGAGACACCACCUUCAAAACGGUCUUCCGUGAGCUGUAGUGAUAGCGUCGAUUUUUUACCGCCUCCAAGCUCUAUUAUUGGUACCGAUUUUACAAGAGACUUUUAUCGAUUAGUCAAAUUUGAAAGUUCCAAAAGUUUGGCAUCAACUUCAUCACGGAGCAUGACUGGCUGUUGUGAAUAUCAACGACCUGCUGAUAUGGCUAUACAGGAACGUGAACUUGCUCUUCAGAGUGUUCUAGACUUUAUAGCCGAACAACAACAAUAUUGUAUUUCACGACAAGCAGAGGACAUUGUAACUGACCCAAAAGACGAUCAGCAAAAAACCGUUGAAAAAACGAACAAUACUAUAAUUUCAAUUACUCCUUCGUUUUCAGCUGUUAAGUCACUACCUGUAUGUGAUAGCAAUAGUAGUAGUGAUAAUUUGCUCAAUUCGAAGGAUAGCGGUUUGUGUGGCAGUGAUGUCGAAAUUGAAUGUUUACCAGAAGACACAGAAUAUUCACCCAUUCGAACACAGAACACAAGAUGUUCAUCAUCAAUCACGUCAUCAUCUUCUUCAAUGGUGAAUUUACUACGUACUGUACCCGAAGAAGAUGAAGAUUCUACUGGUAAGUCAACAUCGCCACAAGCAUCGUCUGGAGAAGGCGGUUGUGUUGAUUUUAGUAGUGUCUGCACAGCUGAAACAGUUUUAUGGCCAUCAUCUUCAAAAGACUUUAUUGAACAACUUAACCGAAUGACAGUAGUUGGAGACAACGGUUUAUCAAUGUCUCCAAUAGAUCGUAUGGCUAUUUCUCCGAUAUCAGCUGAACAGCAUAUGAUAACUUUACAAACAAAGCUAGACGAAACCUGCUGCUGUCCUACUGGAUGGGUUCAUCUUGAAAGAGAUAUUGACUUUGCUGAUCCAAAAGAAAGAGCAAACCUUCUUGACCUAAUGUUAACUUCGAGUCGAAGUUCUUCAAGUAGUAAUUCGAGUACUUCUUUAAAUAACAGUUCCACUUCCGUUAGUAACCAUAGUGAAGUCGUCGAUAGCAGUUCAGAUAAUGAUCAGAUGAUCAAUAAUGAAAAUUACUGUUCUUCAAUGAAUUUUACUUAUAACCAUGACGAAUCUUACAACCGACUCCACAGAUUACAUCGAGUGCGGAGACAAAAAAAAGCUUCAGCUGUUCGAGAUGGUUAUGGAGUACUUAAGAUACCUACAAUGGGCCUCAGACAAUCCAUUGUUGGCCGUAGUGAUUUUUUCGUCCGAUUUGGCGAUAAAGAACGUGAGGCCAUUGCUAAUUUUGACUUCCUAGAAGAAAUGUCCACUACCUCAUUGAGUACAGACUCUGGCACUGAACAAGCAAAACAAAACGAAACAACUUUUCGACGGUUAUCGGGACUAUCUCUAAGUGAUUCUUGUGGUGACUCCGAAUGAACUCGAUCUUAAUUUUUUUUAGUAUUAUUAUUUUGUAUUUGUAUAUGUAAUGUGUAUGAAAAUUAUAAGUUUUAUACAAAAAAUAAUGUCAUUUGGGAUAUACGUUAACAGUAUAAAUAUUAUUGUAUUAAAAAAAAGAAAUUAUUCCUAUGUAAAGCAUAUUGUAGCAUAAUAUUAUAUAUAUAUAUAUUACUUGCAUAGGUUACCUGUCACCUUAAUGUUUUAUAAAAAAACAAUUGGAAAAGUUUUUUUUAAAUUAUUGUAUAGAACAAAUACUAUCCAAAACAAUUUUUUUUUUUUUUGUAAUUAUUUGUAUAUAUUUAGACUUAACUUACUUAAUUGGUGGUAGG